UCGGUGUGAUGUGUCAAGGCUCGCUUAGCUCAGGCAUCGUAUACGUUGAGGUCUGCCGUAAAACAUUGUACAGUGUCAGCGGGUUGCUAAAUAGCUAACAUGGAUAACUCUGGAAAAGAGAAGGAAGCCUUGGCUCUUCUCGCUGAGGCCGAGAAGAAAGUCAAAUCCUCGCAGUCUUUCUUUGGGACGUUGUUUGGAGGCUCCUCAAAGCUGGAGGAAGCAUGUGACAUGUACGCACGGGCAGCAAACAUGUUCAAAAUGGCCAAGAACUGGAGUGCGGCAGGCAACGCGUUCUCGCAGGCAGCGCGACUUCACCUCCAAAUGCAGAGCAAACAUGAUGCUGCCACCAACUUCAUCGACGCUGGAAACGCUUUCAAAAAGGCCGAUCCACAAGAGGCUAUUAACUGUCUGAACCGGGCCAUUGAGAUUUACACAGACAUGGGUCGUUUCACCAUUGCAGCAAAGCAUCACAUCUCAAUCGCUGAGAUCUAUGAGACCGAGCUGGUGGACAUUGAUAAGGCUGUUGCUCACUACGAACAGGCAGCUGAUUACUACAAAGGAGAGGAGUCUACCAGCUCUGCCAACAAGUGCCUUCUCAAAGUGGCGACCUAUGCCGCCCAGCUGGAACAGUAUCAGAAAGCCAUUGAGAUCUAUGAACAGAUUGGAACCUAUGCCAUGGAUAGCACUCUGUUGAAGUACAGCGCUAAGGACCACUUCUUCAAAGCGGCACUCUGUCACUUCUGUGUGGACAUGCUCAAUGCCAAGCUGGCUGUGCAGAAGUAUGAGGAGAUGUUCCCAGCCUUCUCAGACUCGCGAGAAUGCAAACUGGUAAAGAAACUGCUCGAUGCCUAUGAAGAACAGAACGUUGACGCAUAUACUGAUGCGGUGAAAGAGUUUGACUCAAUCUCCAGGUUGGAUCAGUGGCUCACCACCAUGCUGCUCAGGAUCAAGAAAACCAUACAGGAUGAAGAAAGUGACCUCCGUUAACACCCCGCCUCAUCAUUCUCUACCUUCUUAUAUUCCUCUGGCUGCUCCUUUCACCCCACCUCUCUUUCUCUCUCUCUCUCUCUCUCCUUUCUCUGUUCCUCUUCCUCUCUUUCUGCUGCAACAUGGCUACCCCCCCUGCCCUUCUCCCUGAGUCUUCCUUCCUUUUUCUAGCCAUGUCUGUCAUUCAUGCCUUUACUCUGCCUUACCCUCCAGUUGUAACAUCUCAGAGCCCCACUUUGAUCCCUCUCUUUGCAUCUCUAUCUGUGGCGUGAAGUUUGGCAAUAAUGGUCCCUGGCACAGACCCUAACAAACACUACCUGUAGAGCCCACGAGGAGGGGAGAGGGAGGGGGUGACUGAGAUGACACAGCAAACCCUGCUGCAGUCAAAGAGCGAUGUACAGUCACUCCGAUUCUCAUGACUCUAACAGCACAUGCUUCCAGCCUGACUGAGAGCAGCUGCCAUGUCAGUUUUCCACCUGUUGUACCGUUUUUUUCCUGUCUCUAUCAACAUUUACACUUGCCAGCUGGGCAGCAUGCAUCAGUUUAAAAUUCUGGGCUUGCUUAGCAGAUGACACAGCUUGAGGGAGAUUAAAACUGUUUCACAGGGACAGAAAUGGGCUAUACUGUGUACAUGUCAACUGGAACAGAUAAAGACACACUAUUCUUUUUGAAACUGAUCCAAUGUUUCUAUAAAAGGCAAAAGCAAAAAAAAAAAAAAAGAAAUGGCAAGUUUUUCUAGGUGCAAAUACAAUGGGGUGCAAACACGGGGUGCAGAUUCAACUGGGAUUUGGGGGGGGGGUCUCAAAGCCAUAUGAUUUUGACAACGAAUUCUGUUCACAGUCAGUACUUGUGUUGACAUUUGUCACAGGGAGAGAUGAAAACAUACACACAAGAAAACUCACUGUUUCUAAGAUGUGAAGGAGAGUGCAUGAAGUUUCAGAGUGAAGCACCAGCAACCACAUUGUUUGAGGAUAUUGCGGAGUGGAAACAUGUUUAGUCGUGAGUGUUGUUUCCUGAUCAGGUGGGGGUGACGUAGCAACACAUUAUCCUUUCCGGAUUGGGAGGUCCGCAACGGAGCAGUUUUUCCGGUUUUAAGGUGUGACGCCUCGAAACUGCUAAAAACAUCAUAUCAGUGAACAGCCAGGUUUAAGACUGGUGUGGAGAGUUUUGCCUUCUUUGAUUUUUAAGUUUCUGCUGGUACUGCUAAUGCCACCACGGAGUAGAGAGUGGACCUUGUUGACAAAACACACGUUUUUAUUUCAGGAACGCUUUAGUCAGCUUGCUUCAUUGAUACUCUCAGUUUUCUCUACAUAGUUGGAUUACUUCGAAUAAAGUGUUUUCUUCUUACCUUAUUGUUGCUGAUGUUUUGAGAGCAAGCCACAAUGCUUAUAUUCGUUUUUUAUUUAUUUUCAUGAUUAUCGCGUUUCAUGUGUUAAUGUAGCAGACUUACAAAGAUAUUAACGCGUUGUUUUUGAAACAAUCUGAGAAUUCACAUCUGAAUUUAAGUUUAUAGCUAAUUCAUAAAUCUUAGAACUCUAUGUUAACCCUUGUCAUGGCAUCUGGUUUAUUUAGAAAAAAAAGUUUGUUUCAUACUGAACACUUAAGAGUACCGAGGAUGAAGUUAUAAUUUAAGACAGUGCAUCAGUCAGUAUAGCGCACCUGCCUGUGACGGAUGUGGUGACGCUGGCAUGGAAUGAGAAUGGCACGGAUAAAAUCAUGCAUGUCUUAGUAGUUACAACUUUAGCCGAGGAGGCAAGUUGUCUUGACAUAUUUGUAUAUGAUCUUACAGCUGUACAUAAGGUAUAUUGCCAUGGAAAACGAAAGGCUGAUUUUGCAAGUCAAAAAACUCGGACCUAAAUGGAGAAUGGUAGUAGUGGCAGUAGCGUUCUCUCCUAGCACCGUCAAAACUGAGCAGAGCUUCCAUCCACGCAACACUGGUAUUAAUAGCGAAUGGUACAGCUCGCAUGUGACAUAAACCAAAACUCAAUUUGUAUGUACAGAAACUUAUUACCGCAUAUUGUUCUUCGAAACCAACUAUAUUAAACAAUUCUAUG